AUGACUUCUUGCUCUGCCCCACGCUAUCGGCGCAGGCAACGCCGACAGUCCCGAGAAGUAAACGAGAAGCUCCCCAUCGAAACAUACCUCUACCGCUGUGACCCAUACCGCUCAUCGACCGUCCAAGAUCCCUGGCCGUAUGGGAUCAAAGUACUCGCCCACCCUGCUAUACAAGCGCUCAUCUUGACAUACAAAGGUGACAUCCGAGACACAUUCAUCGAACAUGGGUUUCCCGCAGACGGCUCAGGGGUGAAGCUGAACUUUGCUGUGAGGCGAGUGUACCCUUCUGGUCAACGACCUAGCACAAUUCUGAGCAUAGGGAUCGAGCAAGACCCUGUACAGGAUCGUGAUCUCAGCGAAGUACGAGACGCAGUCUGCGAUCUCUUGAAGAGGAGGAAGUUAAAGUUUGUGCACGUGGACAUUUACGACUGUGACAGACGAUUCUUCCCUAAAAGAUUUGCUAUCUCUUCAGAUCACCCCGCUUCGAUUAAGUACAGAGAGGUCAAAGGGGAUAUUGUGAGGCUACUCCGAAACAAAGUCGAUCUGCCCUGGCAUUCUGUCUGUCUGUAUCAGGUGGGGAGAAGUUUGAGUAAAGCGGUGCCAUGCAUCGUCGUCACAGUGCCUCCAGAGGCAACUUACAACUGGGCUUCUUUAAGGCUCCAGAUAUUGAGACUGUUAAGGUCUAGCGACGUCGAUAUCGAUAUUGAAUUUUUUCCAGAGGUUAUAAUCAAGGAGAAAUCAACGGAGAGCGUUGUGCCGUAG